AUGUUGCGCCACGUCGGUAGAAGAUCUGUAUUCGUUGCUAAAAACUUCAAGGUAGUAUCUCCUGUUGUUCGUUGUAAUUCAAAUGCUACGAAAGCUGCGGUUGAUCCCAAGAUCUCAAAAAUCGUGGAAGAUAUUUCAAAGUUAACCUUAUUGGAAACUUCUUCUUUGAUUAACGAAUUGAAAUCUCAAUUGAAUAUUGCUGAUAUUUCCUUCCCUGUAGGUGGUGCGGCUCCUGCUCCUCAGGCUGUAGUUGAGGAAGUUAAAGAAGAAGUUAAAGAAGAAAAAACUCUGUUUAAUAUUAAAUUAGAAGGAUUUGACACAAAGUCCAAGCCUAAGAUUAUCAAAGAAGUCAAGAACCUUUUGGGUCUAUCGUUAGUAGAAGCAAAGAGAUUUGUCGAGGCUGCGCCAAAGGUAUUGAAGGAUAAUGUUGCUAAGGAGGAAGCAGAAAAGAUUAAGACAACGUUGGAAGGACUUGGAGCCAAGGUUUCGUUAGAAUGA